AGGUCGUGUGGACUGGGGACGUAGCACAGACACAGCCUCGUCUACUUUGGGCUAACGUUACUGACGCUUGCACCGCAGUAGGUUUGUUUACCCGGGGUUGUUUUAUUUAUUUGUUUAACGAAAAAAACCCCAACAAUAAUGGAAGGACACGUUUGCAACAUCCAGGUGCUGCUCCGGGCCGCUGAGUUUCUGGAGAGAAGAGAGCGAGAGGCAGAACAUGGAUACGCUUCGAUCCAACCUCUCAGCCCAGAUCACUCUGACAAGAGGAGCAAACAGAAGAACAAGAAGAUAUCUGCAGGGGGCAAUAGGUCAGUUCACAACGAGCUGGAGAAAAACAGACGAGCUCAACUGAGGCACUGCCUGGAGCAGCUCAAAAAGCAAGUUCCUCUGUCAUCUGACUCGAUGAGGAACACCACCCUCAACCUGCUGAGACGGGCCCAGCUCCACAUAAAGAAGCUGCAGGAGCAGGACGAGCGCGCAGAGCAGAUGAAGGGCCGUCUGCGCUGGGAGCAGAGGGAGCUGAGGGUUCGGCUGGAGCAGCUGCAGAGGGGCUCGGAGAGGAUGAGGAACGACAGCCAGGGCUCGACCAUGUCCUCCGAGAGGUCCGACUCCGACAGAGAGGACGUGGAGGUCGACGUGGAGAGCAUCGUGUUCGACUGCCUGGACUCUGACGGACUGAGCAUUGCGCACACUGGUGCGGACCACUGUUACUCCAGCAUGGACAAAGCCUGGCUAUGACGGGAGUCGAGCCGGCGGUCGCUCGGUGGAGGAGGAAGGGGAGCAAACAUUCCAAAAGACAAAGCGAAUGGAGGAGGAUGUUACUGUACAACUGAACACAUUUCUUUUUCUCACAGGAGGAGUAACUUUUGACAUUCUCUUUUCAAAAACACGUCAGACUACAAAGCUAAACGAUCAUAUGAAUGAGCUGUGUUCAUUUGCACUGAAUAGCAGUUAAAAUCACUGGGCUGGGAUGGAUGUAACAUUACGCAUACAUAUUUUCUUGCAUCAAUCGUAAAUUGUGUUGUUAUAUAUUUUUUUUCUUUCUCCAAAGCCAUGAGGAGUCUCCACUGAUUCAUACUCUGCUAAUCGUUCUUUUAAGAUCCAAAAUAAGGGCUUUUUAUUCAAAACUCUUAACUUAUUCUGUACUACAGUCUGUCUGUACUGAAUUCUGCCUUAAAUCAGAUGUGGUUUAGUUUUCCCAUACAUACAGCUUUCCUUAAGCACUAAGUUCAUAUUCCAGUGACGUCAUGUGUAGCAUGCACUUAAACAUUAAUCCGUGCUAUUGUUUUGUGUUAUUGUCCCUAUUAUUAUGUUUGAGUUCAGUCAUGUAUCGUUAUCUUUUUCUUCUGUUGCACAAAACAUCCACAUGUUGCACUUCUUUGUUUUGUCUCAAAAGGACUGUGGGUAUAUCAGAAUGAAAAACAGACAUUAACCGGUCACAUUUGCACAUUUUCUAUCUGGCAAUUAAGUUCACUGUGCCAAAUAUUCGUUUUGGUCUGUUUGUGCACAUUUCAGUCUGUAAUCAGGUGCUACAGUGUUGGAUGCCUGCAUUAGCGAGAGCAUAUGGAGAGAGGUUUUAAUGGCAGUUACAGUGCAAUUCACUGCUAAUGUUUCCUAGGAGUGUUUUCCUUACCAAGACUGUACACUUCAUUGCUUCAGCAUCCGUCAGUAUAAAUGUUAAUUAUGCAUGCAGCAAGUUCACCAAUCAGGCAGGUAAUGUCCACUUGUAAUGAUACUUACGCUGUAUUACAAGUAUGUAUCAUAUUCAUUGCUAUAUAUUUAACAACUGAAGGUGCAUUUUUUUGUUUUCUCCU